UGAUAUUUAUGAGCACAGAUUAAAUCACGUUAAGUUAGAUGUAGAAUUUUUUUUUAUAAGAUUUUUAACAUGCCUUCGAUCGAAUAGUUACAUUUUUUGAUUAGAAUUGGGGUUAGGUUAGGUUAGCUCUCUUCAUACGUCGGCACACGGCACAUGUCGGUAUGGGGCGCCAUCUUGCUAUUAUUCAUGUGCGGACGUACUUUCUAUUGUCACCUACUAAUUAUUAUUGUUUUUCUAUUUUUGUGUUAUUUUCGAGCGCCGUAACAUCCUAAUGUAUUUAUAUUAUCGAGUGCCUCCUUUCAGAUUGUUUUUUUUGGCGCCCCCACCGUUAUUGAACUCAUUUGACCUGUUGUUGGACAGAAUUAUCUGAUCAUUUAGAUCGAUAGCGGUUAUUAAGUAGAAGAAGACACGUCGGUAUGCGCGAUUCCAUCAUUUCAUUUACUUGAGUUUUCUUUAGUUUAUAAAAUGAUAGAACGCUAUCGACAAGUGAUUAACCUAAUAAAUAAACAAAUGAAAAAAUAUGCGGUGUUUCAUCAUGCAAAGGAAAUUGCCGGAAAUGCUACAGAGAAAGCGCAGAACAAGUUUUCCAAUGCACAAAACGUCGCAGCCAAGAAAUAUAAUAUCAUUGCAAAAAAAUUUAAUGACAAAGCUAUUAUUAUACAAGAUUUAAAUGCCAAGGCAUUGAAGCCAACCCAGGAAGAAUUGUCAGGAAAAAUUGUUAAAUGGUGGCAAUGGUACAAUCAAUUGACAGGAUUGAAUGCUGUUGAAGCAGCGAAAAAACAAGUAAUUGUCCUUCAAGAUAAAUUGUUUUUAUGUCAAGACAAUAGAAGAAUCUUGAACAAACAAUUGACAGAAAUUACUCAUAAAUUGCAAGAACUUUAUGCUGAAUUAGUUCAAACAAAGCGUGAUGAUCCCAAAUUUGUACAUUUAACAAUAAUGGAAAAUAAGUGUUUGCAGGAACAAAAUAAAGUUCUUAAUCAACUCGCUUUAUCAGAAAAAGAAGAGAGGGAUAACUUCACACAGUUAGCUACUGCUAUUAAAGAAUAUCAUGACAGUCAAAAUAUAAAUGCACAGAAAUAUAAAUAUUUAUCUAUCCUCACAUCUGCCAUAAUAGCAAUUAUAUCGUUAAUUGGUUCAAUUAUACUUAAUAACAAAAGGAUAUUAGAUGUAAGAAAUACUAUAAGGACAGUGCAAGAAAAGAAUGAAUCGUUACAUCAAACGAGCAUAAAUGAAUUGUCUGAUCUUAAGAAAAUAUUGCUAUCAUUUGAUACCAAAUUUUCUGAACAAUACACAAAUAACAAUAUCAAAGAAAAAGAGAACAACAAUAAUUCAUCUAAUAUUAUCAUGGCUUCUGCAAAGUAUUCAGCAUAUUUGUUAAUUUCAGGAGUAAAUUAUAUUAAGAAAGGUAUUUAUGUAUGCGGGUCAUAUAUCUUUUACAAAUAAUAAAUAAUACUUAUCAAAAAUAUCCAACUAUUCAACAAUGCAAUUAAAUUUAUAUAAAUCUUAUUUUCUAGUGUAUAUGAUGUAUACUUUUUAUUAAAAAGGGUUUGUAAAGGGUAGAGAGAUAUAUAGUAUGUAUCAUAAAACUUGAAAAUAAGAAAUAUAGAACAAAAAUAUUAAUAUUCAAUAUAUGCUGAAAUAUGAAUUUUUUUUAUAAGAUAAGAAAAGAGCUAUUUGUUCUACAUUUGCUACACAAAAUGCUUCAUAUUUUGCAUAAUCCAUACUUGAAUAUAUUUUCUGAUCAUUGAUUUAUGAUCAUUAAUUUUUUCUAAAAUACUGUAAUACACAACAUUGUAAUUAUAAUUGUAAAUUAUAGAUAUAAUCUGUUAAACAUGAUAUAAAGAUCAUGGCAUAAGUAAAUGUGUUAAUGAUUUUACAUAUUUUAUAAUCAUACAAAAUAAAUUUUUAACACGGAAAUUAGUUUAUUGUAUUAUUGAAUCACUAUUGUAUUAUUGAAUCAUCAUAUAGAAAGAAAUAUUACAAAGUAUGAAGUAUCACACAAUGUUGCCUACUUUCUUAAUAAUAUAUAUCUUAUAUUGAGUAAUCAUAUGUAUGAUAUAUUUACUUAUGUAUGUCUUUAUAUAUAAUUGAGAGAGAAUGCAAUUAUUGCAUACAUAAAACACUGAAAAACUGAUAUUUAAAAA